AUGAUGAGUGAUGAUUUUGACGAUGACAAUGAUGAUUACGAUGAUGCUGGUGAUGAUGGUGAUGAUGUUGACGAUUACGAUUAUGAUGACAAUGAUGAUGACAUUGCCCAUGACGACUUUGGUGACGAUGAUGAUGACGAUGAUGUAGACUAUUACGAUAUUGAUGACGAUGAUGAUGAUGAAGACGACGAUGAUGAUGGUGAUGACGAUGAUAAUGACCAUAACGAUGACGAUGACGAUGACGGUGACGAUGACGGUGAAGAUGACGACGAUGAUGACGAAGAUUAUGACAACGAGGGUGUCGAUAACAAUGACGAUGACUAUGAUGAGUACGAUGAUGAUGAUAAUGAUGAUGACGAUGAUGAUGACGAAGAUUAUGACAGUGACGACGUCGAUUAA